GAGUGGCAUACAGAUGGUUCUAUGGAAAAGGUAGAAGAGCUUCUUGGGAUAUAAAUGUCUUUCAAGUCCCAGAUGUUUCUGUUGCCGCAUCUAGACCUUCUUGAGCCGCUUCGAUAUCCCUUCUUCCCGACCUGAUCCUACGAGCGCGUCCUGCGCGUCAAGAAAUGAGAAUCCCCAGUCUCACUCUCCUCGUCUCUACCUGGGCGUGGGCCUGCUGCGCCCUCGUCAUCGACACCGCAUCCUUGGGUCUUGACAAUAACCAGAUAGUCCAGCGCGCCGACCCAUCGCUCGCCGGAUACCUGGGUGUCUUCUUCCUCGGCGCCGAUCCAUACGUCUACUUCUACCUCAGCAACGGCAACAACCCCAUCUCGUUCAAGGCUCUAAACAAAGGCUCGCCAAUCUUCAAGCCGACGAAGGGGACAGGCGGUGUUCGGGAUCCGACUAUCGUUCCGGGUGGAGGCAGCGAGGCAGGGAAGAAGUGGUAUAUCAUUGGGACGGAUCUGAAUAUUGGAAAGACAACAUGGGACGCGGCACAACGAACAGGCUCCAAGGGGAUAUUUGUCUGGGAAAGCACCGAUCUCAUCAACUGGGUCAAUGAAAGACUUGUGAUCGUAGAAGACAAUACGGCCGGCAUGGUAUGGGCACCUGAAGCGAUUUGGGAUCCGGCAAAGGGUCAAUAUCUCGUCCAUUGGGCUUCCAAAUUUUACUCCCCCUCCGACCCCUCCCACACCGGCACCCCCUCCUCCACCAAGAUCCGCUACGCCUACACCUCCGACUUCCGCACCUUCUCCACUCCCCAGACGUACAUCGACCGAUCCCCAACCAACAUCAUCGACCUAACCAUUCUUCCUCUCAACUCUUCCUCCUCCUACCUCCGCUUCAUGAAAGACGAAUCCCUCAAGACCGUCUUCGUCGAAACAUCCACCACCGGUCUUUUUGGUAGUUGGACCCGCGUCGGCGGUGCCUCAGCCAUAAUCGAAUCGGGCGUAGAAGGCCCCGCGGCGUAUUGGGAUAAUACCACUCCCGGAAAAGUCCAUUUGCUAUUAGACUUUUAUGGGAGUGAUGGGUAUCGACCGUAUGAGAGUACGAAUCCGGAAAGGAAUAGUGGUGGGUGGACGGCGAGUUCGAGGACGGGGUGGCCGACGGGGUUGAGGCAUGGGAGUGUGUUGCCUGUGGAUGGGACGGUUUGGGAGAGGUUGAAUGCUAGGUGGGGUUGAUGAUCAAAAAAAUGAAUACCCAAAAAAAGGAGGUGGGUUGGGAUGGGGAGUGAAAUGGGACUGGGACUGGAACUGGAUGAGAAUU